GAAGACGCUGCUGGGUUUGUUUCUGCUUGAACAGAAGGGAUUUCUGACACAGAUGAUCAUUUAUGAUUAAAAUUAUUUCAGCUACAAUUGGACACAAUCUCGACCUCAGCACCGUGUCUGUAUGUGACGGGUUUAAAGCCCACGGCUUCUUGUAAUGAGAUCAGCAGAAUCCAGACCAACCUGUGAGACUCCUGCUGUCACACAUUCACAGCUGUGCAGGGCUCAGACAGAAACUUCUAUGACUUCAACUAGAGGCUCAUCAGGCUCUGGGGGUCACUUCAGCUCUGAGGAGGAAAUGAAUAACGGAUUUCAAAAGAAGCCCAUAAAAGAAGAGCCUGAAGACUACCACUCUAUGACGACACCAAGCAGUGUGGGCCACGUCACCACUGUGAACCAACAUACUGAAGGGUUUCAAGAGAAGCUUGUAAAAGAAGAACCUAAAGAUGGAGACUAUCUCUGUGGUGAGACAUCGAGCUGUGUGGUUCAGCUGAACCUUGGGGACCAACAGACUGAAGGAUUCCAUGAAAAGCCUUUAAAAGAUGUAGAACCUGAUGAAGACGACUAUCUCUACUGUGAGUAUUGUAGAUCCUCCUUCAUCAACAAGUGUGAGACGCACGGUUCAGCUCUGUUCCUCCCUGAUACCUCUGUCCCUAGAGGGGUUUCAGACCGAGCCAGACAAACCCUCCCACCUGGACUAGAGCUUCAGAAAUCUGAUAUUCCUGAUGUAGGAUUGGGAGUGUUUAAUAAGGGGGACACUGUUCCACUGGGUGCUCACUUUGGACCUUACCAGGGAGACCCGGUAGACAAAGAAGAAGCCAUGGCCAGUAGCUUCUCUUGGGUGAUUAACAAGAGCGGUCAUUUUGAGAGGUACAUAGAUGCUAAGAGAGUGACCCAUGCCAACUGGAUGAGGUAUGUGAAUUGCGCUCAUAAUAAUGAAGAGAAUAAUCUGGUGGCGUUACAGUAUCGAGGUGAGAUUUUUUACCGCUGCUGUCGACCCAUCAAACCAAGACAGGAACUUUUGGUGUGGUAUGAAGAGAAGUAUGCUAAGGAUCUCGGGGUUACUUUCAACUGCAUCUGGAAGAAAAAGUGCUCCAUAAGCGAAACCAGUGGUUGCCCAGUGAAAAUUUUCCCUGGCUCACAGUGUUCACUUUACUAUACGUCACAAAUUGACCUCCACAAACAUGCCAAGAGAUGUCACGAUGAGGAAAACGUGAGCAUGAUGAAAUCAGAAGAAAUGAAACAUGAAACUCCAAAAACCACAAGAAUCUCUACCAAUAAGCAAACACACACCGGUCCUCAUUUUAAAAUCUCUUGCAGGCUGAAAGAAAUUUAUGGCUGCUCGCAGUGUGGGAAGCGUUUUGCUGAACGGUUCCAUCUGAAGCAACACCAGCGCAUUCACACCGGAGAAAGGCCAUUUCCCUGCUGCCAGUGUGGGAAGCGUUUUGCUCGACAGAGUCAUCUUCAAGCACAUCAAACCAUUCACACAGGAGAGAAACUGUAUUCGUGCUCACAGUGUGGGAAACGCUUUAAUCGGGAGAGUACUCUCCAGCGGCAUAGACGAAUUCACACAGGAGAAAAGCCAUAUCACUGCUCAGAGUGUGGGAAGAGGUUUACUUACCAGAAUGCUCUACAACGACAUCAGCGUGUUCAUACAGGAGAAAAGCCGUACAUCUGCUCAGAGUGUGGGAAGAGGUUUACUUACCAAAAUGCUCUCCAACGACAUCAACGCGUUCAUACAGGAGAAAAGCCAUACAUCUGCUCAGAGUGUGGGAAGAGCUUUAGCCAACCAAAUUCUUUCCAGAUCCAUCAACUCUUUCACACAGGAGAGAAGCCGUAUCCCUGUUUAGACUGUGGGAAGGUUUUUCAUCAACAGAAUACUCUGCAAAUCCAUCAGCGAAUCCACACAGGAGAGAGACCAUUUCACUGCGGACAGUGCGGGAAGAGCUUUAAUCAGGACAGCGCCCUUCAACGGCACCGGCGCACUCAUACAGGAGAGAAACCGUAUCACUGCUCGCACUGCGGGAAGAGUUUCGCUCGUCUGUGUCAUCUCAAACGGCACGAACAUAUUCACACCGGAGAGAAGCCGUAUCAGUGCUCACAGUGCGGGAAGCGUUUUAAUAGAGAGAGUACUCUACAACGGCACCAGCAGACACACUCCGGACAGAAGCUGUUCAUCUGCUCCGAGUGUGGGAAGAGUUUUACACGACAGAGUAAUCUCAAAAUACACCAGCGAAUUCACACAGGAGAGAAGCUGCUGAAAGAAAUGUACGGCUGCUCGCAGUGUGGGAAGCGUUUUGCUGGACGGUUCCAUCUGAAGCAACACCAGCGCAUUCACACCGGAGAAAGGCCGUUUCUCUGCUGCCAGUGUGGGAAGCGUUUCGCUCGAAAGAGUCAUCUUCAAGCACAUCAAACCAUUCACACAGGAGAGAAACUGUAUUCGUGCUCACAGUGUGGGAAACGCUUUAAUCGGGAGAGUACUCUCCAGCAGCAUAGACGAAUUCACACAGGAGAAAAGCCAUAUCACUGCUCAGAGUGUGGGAAGAGGUUUACUUACCAGAAUGCUCUACAACGACAUCAGCGCAUUCAUACAGGAGAAAAGCCGUACAUCUGCUCAGAGUGUGGGAAGAGGUUUACUUACCAAAAUGCUCUCCAAGGACAUCAACGCGUUCAUACAGGGGAAAAGCCAUACAUCUGCUCAGAGUGUGGGAAGAGCUUUAGCCAACCAAAUUCUUUCCAGAUCCACCAACUCAUUCACACAGGAGAGAAGCCGUAUCCCUGUUUAGACUGUGGGAAGGUUUUUCAUCAACAGAAUACUCUGCAAAUCCAUCAGCGAAUCCACACAGGAGAGAGACCAUUUCACUGCGGACAGUGCGGGAAGAGUUUUAACCAGGACAGCGGCCUUCAACGGCACCGGCGCACUCAUACAGGAGAGAAACCGUAUCACUGCUCGCACUGUGGGAAGAGUUUCGCUCGUCUGUGUAAUCUCAAACGGCACGAACAUAUUCACACCGGAGAGAAGCCAUAUCAGUGCUCACAGUGCGGGAAGCGUUUUAAUAGAGAGAGUACUCUACAAAGGCACCAGCAGACACACUCCGGACAGAAGCUGUUCAUCUGCUCUGAGUGUGGGAAGAGUUUUACACGACAGAGUAAUCUCAAAAUACACCAGCGAAUUCACACAGGAGAGAAGCUGUAGCUCUGCUCACAAUGUGGACACAGUCUCACUCGGUGGAAUAGUUCACCAGAGAUAGAAGCCAUAUACCUGCUCAGUGUGGAAGGAGUUUUAGCCAAAUCCAUCAGCUCAUUCACACAGGAGAGAAGGCAGUAUCCCUGCUUACGGUGUGAAAAGACAUUUAUUUUAUAAAGUCAUCUCCAAUGUCAACAAUGUAGUGUUGCUAGUGUUGGGUCAGUCUUCAGACAGACCUUUGACAAUUCCAGAGGAAAACGUUCAAGUUUCAGACUGAUGAGGCUACAGUGCUGCAGAUGUUAAACAAUAUUGUUAUUAACAUGUUCAAAUAUAGCUACAACAGGCCUUAUUUAUCUUUAUUUAUGUAAAAUUACGAAUAAUCCAAACUAAAUAAAAACAUCUUGCAUUUGUUUCCGCAAGUUUUCAACCUCACAUGGAUUCAUUAUUUGUGUAACCGGUUAGCACUUGUGACCCUGUGGAAUAUCAACUACUAGAACUAGUUACAUCAAAUGUUUUUAUUUAUUUUGGUUUA